AUGGAUGUAUACCAAAUAGAGCUGGAGGCACAGGCACAAAUCCGCUCCAAUCUUCUGGUCGACACCUGCGCGAAGCACUCGGCGGAGCAGCAGCAGCAGCAGCACCAGCUGCAGAUCAAGCAGGAGGAUCUUAUCAAGGACUUGGCCCGGGAACAGGAGCAGCCCAGCGAAGGAGAGGAAGAGGACGAGGAGGACGAGGAAGAGGAGGAGGAGGAAGACAACGACGAGGAGGAGGAGGAGCAACACGAAGAGUACGACGACGAGGCAGAGGACGAAGAAGCAGUAAACCCAGAAGGAGUCCAACUUCCGCCGGUCAAUUUCAAUGCAAAUUCGGACUUUAAUUUGCAUUUCUUUGACACACCGGAGGACUCGUCCACCCAAGGGGCCUACAGCGAGGCCAAUAGCUUGGAAUCGGAGCAGGAAGAGCAGGAGGAACAGCAGCGGGAGCAUAGGGAGCUCCAGGACUGCCUGAGUGCCAUUGAGGCGGAUCCCUUGCAGUUGCUGCAGUGCGACGACUUCUACGGGACAGCGACUCCGGUGGAGCCGCAUCAUAACAACAAGCAACAUCCGCAUAAGGAACACCCACACCCCGGACACCAGCAGCAUCCGCAUCCUGCACCCCAGCAGCCACACACACAGCUCCUGAGCACGCUGAGCAAUGGUGGAGGUGCUCUGUACACCAUCAGCAGUGUGCAUCAGUUCGGUCCGGCCAGCAACAACAGCAGCUCCCCAUCCUCCAGCGGCGCCCACGCCUCGCCGGACAGCGGCUGCUCCACGGGAUCGGGAUCCUCGGGAUCCUCCUCCUCCUCCUCGGGCGCGGUCUCCUCCUCGUCGUCGUCCAGCUGCUCGGAGCAUUUCGGACGCUCCACCAACGGCAACGCCGCCAGCCACCCAGCAACAUCUUCAUCUGCUCCGCAUCUGAACAAAGAGCAACAGCAGCAGCCAACGACGACACAGCUGCAACAGCAGCAGCAACAGCAACAGCAGCAGCAACAGCAGUUGCAACAUUCGCAGCAACCAUCGUUUGGCUUAGCGGACAGCAGCAACAACAGCAGCUGCAACAGCAACGGCAGUAGCAGCAACACCAAUAGCAACACCAACACCAACACCAACAACAACAACAACGGAGUCUCCUCGAAAUCAUUUGUGCCCUGCAAAGUCUGCGGUGACAAGGCAUCGGGCUACCAUUAUGGUGUAACCUCCUGCGAGGGUUGCAAGGGUUUCUUUCGUCGCAGCAUCCAGAAGCAGAUCGAAUACCGCUGCCUGCGAGACGGCAAGUGCUUGGUCAUCCGGCUGAAUCGCAACCGCUGCCAGUAUUGCCGCUUCAAGAAAUGCCUCUCAGCUGGCAUGAGCCGCGAUUCUGUGCGUUAUGGUCGCGUUCCCAAGCGUUCCCGUGAGCUGAACGGAGCAGCCGCCGCCUCCGCUGCCGCUGGCGCCCCAUCCUCGCUCAAUGUGGAUGACACUCCUGGGACAACACUGCACCCAAAUCAGCUUCAACAGCAGCAGCAACAUCUCCUGCAACAGCAGCAACAUCAACAGCAACAUCAACAGCAACAACAGCAGCAGCAACAGCAGAACCAACAGCAACCGCAUGUGAGCGGUGUUCGAGUGAAGACACCGAGUACUCCACAAACGCCACAAAUGUGUUCGAUCGCCUCCUCACCCUCGGAGCUCGGCGGUUGCAAUAGUGCCAAUAAUAACAAUAAUAACAGUAGCGGCGGCGUUGCCUCCAGCGGCAUCGGCGGCCUGAAUGCCAGCGGCGGCAGCGGCGUAAGCGUAGGCGUCGUAGUCGUCGGUGGUCACCAGCAACUGGUGGGCAGCAGCAUGGUGCAGCACAACACAGAGGUCGGGGGCCACCACCAUCAGGUGGGCAUGUGCCACGACGGACUGGCGGGCACCGCCAACGAGUUAACCGUCUACGAUGUGAUCAUGUGCGUGUCGCAGGCCCAUCGCUUGAACUGCUCCUACACGGAGGAGCUGACCCGGGAUCUGAUGCGGCGACCGGUUACAGUGCCACAGAAUGGCAUCGCCAAUUCGGUGGCAGAGAGCCUAGAGUUCCAGAAGAUCUGGCUGUGGCAGCAAUUCUCGGCCAGAGUUACGCCCGGCGUGCAGCGGAUUGUGGAGUUUGCGAAACGCGUACCUGGCUUCUGUGAUUUCACCCAAGACGACCAGCUCAUACUCAUCAAGCUGGGCUUCUUCGAGGUCUGGCUGACGCACGUGGCCCGUCUGAUUAACGAGGCGACACUCACGCUGGACGACGGAGCCUACCUGACGCGCCAGCAACUGGAGAUACUCUACGAUUCGGACUUUGUGAACGCCCUGCUGAACUUUGCCAAUACCCUGAAUGUGUACGGUCUGAGUGACACCGAAAUCGGCCUCUUCUCGGCCAUGGUGCUGCUGGCCUCCGACAGGGCGGGACUCAGCGAGCCAAAGGUGAUCGGACGGGCUAGGGAGCUGGUGGCCGAGGCGUUGCGCGUCCAGAUCCUGCGCUCAAGGGCCGGCUCACCGCAGGCGCUGCAACUGAUGCCGGCGCUGGAGGCGAAGAUACCGGAGCUGCGGUCGCUGGGAGCCAAGCACUUCUCACAUCUGGACUGGCUGCGGACUUGCUGGACCAAGCUGCGCCUGCCACCCCUCUUCGCCGAGAUCUUCGACAUCCCGAAGGCCGACGACGAGCUGUAGGAUGGGGGAGAUGGGUGGAGAUCCCCAGGGCCGUGCAAAGCAACCGCAACAAACAAUAUUCAACCACUUGUAGGCUUAAGCAACGUAGCAUGUAGAGAGGAGGGACAGGAGAUCAGAUACACGUCUACUCAGCAUUACUGGAGAUAGUUCACUAAGCCCACUACUACUCGCCCAUCACUACUCGCAGCAGUGCUGGAGCGUUCGAGCUUCGAACUCCCCCGCUGAACAUAUCCAUGCGCAAACAUAAAUUAUUUAUUUCAUUGUUGACUCAUCAAGCUCCACACCGAACAUCACCGCAUCACCUUCGCCCCAUCCCAACAUCCUUCCGAGCACAGCCAGGCAAAAUUAAGGAUAAAAGAGAGAAAGGGAGAAGAAUGAAAGCCGCAUCCAUCCCCACUCAUCAUUGGCCAGCUAUCCAAGGCAUCUAUUCAGAACUCGACUGAAGAGCGAGCGUUAAAGUUCGAUAAAUACUGGUUUUUUAAAUAUUAUUAUUAACUACUAUAAACGAUAUCGGAUAUAUGUGUACGUUACAUCUAGAGAUACGGAUUUAGUGUAGUCGAGAAGAGCAAAAAGACCCCUUUCGUUUGCUUGCAAAAGUUGGAGAUCCCAUACGAUACGACAUAACAUAUAUACAUACAUAUAUGCAACAUGAUAAUUCUACGCCUUAGUUUAAAUCCUUUCGAAUUGAAGAUCGAUGCGUUUAUUGUAUCUGCGUGUAAAUAAAUUUAAAUUAAUUUUUAACAUUAACUCGCUGCGACUUGAUUAUUUUUUAAAGCUUCCCCUCAUCCAUCUCCCCGAAGGAUUCCGAACCCCGGAUCCUUCUCAUUCAGAAAGUGUUCAGUUUUUCGCUUAAGAUCAUAUAUUUAAGCCCUUGGGUUAGACACCGCCACCAUCUAAGUUAAGUGCUUUAAGGCUUCAUUUGUAUAACUCGGAACAAUCAGAUUGUUUGAUCAAUUUUUGAAUGGAUUGGUGCUAAAUUUGUGUGUUAAGUUUACAUGGAAGACGACAGACAAGACAGCCAGACAGACGAACAAUGAUAUACCUUAAUAUACAUAAACAUAUAUAUAUAUUUAAAUCUAUCUAUAUAUCAAAUACAUGUAUGUAAAAAUCAAAAUGGAUUCUUCUCUAAAGCUCUUCAUUGAUUGUUGAAUUUAUAUAGACAAUUUUUGUAAAUUUUAUUAGUGUGACAAAGGAAAAUAUUAAAUGUAGAGAGAGGCAGCUGCGGUCCAGACCAGGAUCAUAAAAAGAUCCCGAGAGAAUCGCGACUGCCGUUUUAUGCUCCAUGUGUACCUUUCGCUUAUUGAAUUAGAAUAUCGAAAUCAAUAUAUAGAUCUAUAUACAUCAAUUUGUAGACUACGAUUCGCAAUAUCUUAGAAAAAAAAAAACCAAAACACUUGCUAUGUUCCCUCUCACCCAAACCCCCUUCAGAUCCACAAACUAUUAUUUCGAUCCAAGCACAAACCCCAACAAAUCUCUGUGUUAAUUUUGUAAACCAGUGCGCAUAAUGGAACCUUGUGAAUGUAGCAUUAAAACGACAACAAACCAGAAACAAACAGAUUUUUAAUUACAUUAUUAACUUAAACCUAAACUAUU